AUGGACAUUGACGACGACGAGGCUUUCCUCUACGGCGAAGGCACGGCCGAUGCAGCUCCUCCCCCUGCAGGUGGACUGGGAGGUGGACAGGCCACGACUGCCCCCACAGCACCUCCAGCGCAAGACGGCGGAGACGCUGGUGACGAGGAGGGCGACGAAGAGGACGAGGAGAGUGACGAUGACCUCGAAAUCAUCCUCGACGGCGAAGGUGUUGCUCCGACUCCUGCGCCACGCCGUUCUGCAGCCCCCGUCGCUGCAUCUCCUCAAAAAGCCGCCACCGCACCUGCGCCAUCUGCCACGACCGAGUACGCCCCGCUCGACCGGCCUGGCGUAGCCAAGGCAACGUCGUCAACAUCGGUCGGCCCGCCUUCCCUUCCCCAGCCUGAGGCGACUGCCACCGACCAGACCUCGACCGCAAUCCUCGCUGCUGGUGCGGUUGAUGGUACUCCUCAGCCCGACGUCCCGACAGAAGCGGAUGGCACGCCGCUCAAAGCGCCCGUCGCAGAACUCGUCCCGCGCGGGUCGCUUAAGCCUCUCGAGCUCACACCGAGCGCGACGCCGACUUUCGACGUCAACGCCGUGCACAAGGAUGUCAACGGCAACGAUAUCUUCGAUGUCGACAUCGACGCGCUCGAGGACAAGCCGUGGCGGAAGCCGGGUGCGAACAUGGCCGACUACUUCAACUACGGAAUGAACGAGGCGACGUGGAAGAACUAUGUUCGCAAGCAGCGCGAGCUGCGGGGCAGCGAGAGUUCAAGCGCGAACCCGUUCAUCGGCUUCGCUUCUGGCAACAUCGCUCAAGCAUGGGCGGAGCUCUCCCCCGAGAACAAGACGCUGCUGAUGGCGACCAUCAUGGGCUUCCAGCCUGGCACGAUGCCUCCUCCCGCUCAGAUGGCUCAGAUGGCGCAGAUGAGCAUGAUGGCUGCCGCAGGGAUGGGUGGUCCGAUGGGCCCCAUGGGAGGAAUGAACCCGGCGAUGGCGCAGCAGAUGGCGGCGAUGGGUGGUAUGCCGCCCGGCGCUGCGGCGGGGAUGGGAGGAAUGGGCAUGCCUGGCAUGAACGGGAUGACGCCAAUGCCGCCUCAAGCCCCGGCUGGACCUGCCGCCAUGAACGGCGCAGGAGGCGAGCACGACGGAGUGGGCGCGAAAGAGGAGAUCAAGCAGGAGCCCGGCACGCCCUCACGACAUGGUGACGAAUCGGCUACACCCGCUGCUUUCGAUCAGGAGGACAUUCAGUCUGGCGACAUCGCUGGUCUCGGACCUGACGCGAUGAACCCUGCCUUCGCCCCCGCCGCUCUCGCCGCGCGAGGUCGAGGCGUUGGUGUCGGUGCCGCACGCGGUCGUGGACUGCCGAUGGGACCGAUGGGCAUGCGAGGCGGUCUUCCCGCUGGACCAGCGGCGAUGGGUCGCGGGCGAGGAGCUGCUGCCGCCGUUCCGACUGGUCCUGCCGCAGCUGUCCCUACCGGACCUCGCGCGCUCUCCACCGCCGUCCCUACUGGCCCUCGCAACGCUGGUGCGAGCGGAAGUCGCGGUGGCGCUCGCUCGUACCGCGACAAAGACCGCUUCGGCGACGCUGGCAGCCCGUCCGAAGGGCUCGACUACGGCGGCGGAGGCGAUGACUACGAUCGCUCGCCAGCGCGGACUCGCUCGAGGCGCGAUUCGCCCGAGUACGAGCGCGGCUCGCGGCGGGACAGUCGUUACGAGCGGGAGAGGAGCCGCGAGCGUUCGGCGAGGAGCCGUGAGCGGUCGCGCGACAGGGCUUUCGAGCGCGAGCGGGAGAGAGAGCGGGAGAGGGAGCGGGACGGGACUCGCACGAGCAGCAGGCGCUCGUCGAGGCGGGAUGACGACGAUGACCGCCGGAGCUCGUCGCGCCGCGAUGAUGACGACGGCAGGGACAAGAAGCGCGGCAUGUCCGACUUUUUCCCCGACAAGGCCGACCAGGACCGCUCUGCCUCGCCUGGCUUGCGGAUCCGCGGAGCGAAGGACCGCGAGGAGGAGGGACGGAGCUCGCGUCGCAGUCGCCGAGACGACGAGGACGACGACUACAAGUCGAGGGGCGCAACGUACUCGCCUGAAGGCAGCAGGAAGCGGAGGACGCACUGGAGCGACGACGAGGACGAUCUUCCCGGUCACGACGAGUCCAGGAAACGCAAGGCCGAGGAGGAAGCCGACGGAGACCGCGCCCGUCGCCGGUCGACAAGGCGGGACUGA